AUUCUGACCGUUGACUUAAAGAUAUGGAGUGAUCUGAUUGUGGAGAAGUGAGGUGGAGCUGCACGUGAGAAAGAGGAGGGUUUUUGAAGCAUGAAAAAUGGACACCCACCGAGAAAACCUCACUGGAAGUGUCUUGUUCGCAACUCCCGAGGUCGUUUUCUCUCACAAAACAGAAACACGUGAAAAACACAAGUAAGGAGAAUAGAUGAUAAACUAAAAACAAAGAACGAAGCUCGUCGAAAGUAGGAAACACAGUUGCGAACCAAUCUCCACUGUCUAAGGAGAUCAGCGCACUACAGACAAAAAAAAAAAAAAAACUCAUCAUCUCUCGCUUUCUGCUCACCUUCCUCGUAUAUAAAAAGAAAAAGAAAAAGCCAGCCACCCUUAUUAACAAUCAACAAUAAUUUAAAAAAGUUUACAUUUUUCCCUUUUUUUUUGGGUUUUUUAUGUGAAAUUUGAGGGUGAGUUUUAUUUUAUGGAUCCACCAGCUAUGAUGAGUGAUGGGGGGUACAAUCUUCCGGAGAUCUGGCAGAAUCCAGUGAGUGAAUCUGGGAUAAGGAGGGGUCAGGUUGGACCUGGAUUGGGUCAGUUCGGGGACCCUAAUCGAGAGGUUUCAGGUAAUUAUCCGGUUAGCUUGGAGCAGCAGCAGAGAGGGGGUGGUAUUAGGAGAAUGCGUGAUGAGGAAGAUGAGGCAGCUAAAGUUGUCUCCACUAGUAGUGGCAAUACCAUGAACGAUGAUGAUGAGAAGAGACUUAAAGCGUCAGGAAGUAGAGAUGAGAAUCAUGAUUCUAAAGCUGAAGCAGAACCUAGUUCAGGCAAGCCUGUGGAACAAAAAGCUCAACCACCAGAGCCACCUAAACAAGAUUACAUCCAUGUGCGAGCAAGAAGAGGUCAAGCUACUGAUAGUCACAGUUUAGCAGAAAGGGCUAGGAGAGAAAAGAUUAGUGAAAGAAUGAAAAUUCUUCAGGAUCUGGUUCCUGGUUGCAAUAAGGUUAUUGGCAAAGCCCUUGUCCUUGAUGAGAUAAUUAAUUACAUUCAAUCACUACAGCGUCAGGUCAAGUUCUUGUCAAUGAAGCUUGAAGCAGUCAAUUCAAGAAUGAUCCCUGCCAUUGAAGUAUUUCCUCCUAAAGAUUAUGGCCAACAAGCUUAUGAUGCUACUGGUAUGGCAUUUGGUUCACAAGAGACAAGCGAAUACAGUCAUGGUACAUCACCAGAGUGGUUGCAUAUUGGCGGUGGUUUUGAAAGAACAUAAUCUAGAAAAUCCCUUGUCAAUUAGUGAUAAGAGCAUUAAUUUGCAAUGCUCCCUCCUUCAGUCGUCGCCAAAAAAGUAUACUGUAUCAUGUUAAACCAAAGAGACACUAUAUUUGGUUUCUCAGCACGAGUCAUGGAGCCACUAUCGCUGUCUAAAAGAAUGCUAAAUCUAGUACCCGAACAUCUUCAUUGUUUUGUUUCGGAAUGUGUUCUUUUACUCCAUAUAUCAACUGUUAGCCUUAACAGUCAUCUUUGUACAAAUACCUGAACAGAAUCUCCUA